AUAAAAAGUUCCUUCUACAAAACACGCCGCAGACAACACAGGGGUGACUAAUGACUGAACUGCGAUUUUUCAGACAGUUUACAUGAAAAAUCAUUGUGUGUAUGCUGGAUUCGUUUGUGAGUGGUGUGUAUAGAUGACGUGAUCUCCAUUUUAACAGUUGUAACCCCGCAGGAAGCCACGUCCUGUCCGCUCUAGUGUGUUGCCCGCUGACUCUGAGUGCUGAGUGCCACGCCUCGCCGCAGCGCACAGCACUGACCACCGCCGCCUGGUGAGGCCAACAACUCACCCCAUCAGGUGUAGUGCACAGCAGUGACCUGACGCGAGGCACAAGACAGUCUGCAGUGACGCUUCCUGGCGCAGGGAAUUAAUCUGCUGGCGGUGACUGGAAUCGUACAAUUCUAAGAAGCUGCCUUUCCUUUGUCCCUCGGUGCCACAGUGCCAGUCAAACCCCGAAGUGCCAGGCGAAGAGCAAGAUGGUGUUACAGGUGUUCGGUGCCUUGGCCGCGGUAGCGAAGGUGAACUACUCCCGCACUCUGGUGGACAGCGUGACGGCACGCCUGCAUUACAAAUGGAGCACCACCUUCUGCCUCCUCUGUGGGGCGAUGGUCAUUGCCAAGGACUACAUAGGGGAUGCCAUCGAGUGUCUGCAGGGUGGCACGGACGCCCCGAAGUACAUCAAUACCUACUGCUGGAUCACCUCCACCUUCACCAUCAACUCCACUGAUGAACUGAAAGGACUCGGACUGUACAAAGAGAACAUCCACGAAAAACGAGUCCACACUUACUACCAGUGGGUCCCCAUAGUGCUGGCUAUACAGGCCGGUCUUUUCUACCUUCCUCAUUACCUAUGGAAGAACAUGGAAGGGAAGCAAGUAGAUCGCCUUCUGCAGGAUGUCAACAAGUCCCUCUUCGACUCCGACUCCGACAAGAAGAUAAAGAACAUGAUAGCUUACCUGAAGGAGUCUUGGGGGAUGAACGGGAAGUACUUCAUGGGUCACUUCAUGUGUGAGUGUCUGUACCUCUUCAACGUGGUGAUGCAGAUGGUGCUCAUUGACAAUUUCUUUGACGGUGCCUUCAUGAACUAUGGCUUCAAGGUAUUCGAGAAGCUGCGUUCAGACGACACGAAUGACUCACGGAUCCAGGAUGUGUUCCCGCGGAGAGCCAAGUGCACUUUCUACAGCUACGGGGAUUCCGGGAGCAUCAGGGCCGACGACGCCAUGUGUAUCCUGCCGCAGAACAUCGUCAAUGAGAAGAUCUACCUGCUCAUGUGGAUCUGGUUUAUUAUUCUCACCAUCAUCACUUGCCUGCAGUUGUUGUGGCACCUGGCGAUCUACUUCAGUGGCUGGCUAAGAAAGCAGAUCAUGUCACGCCGCCUGCACUGUUCACUCCCCUCCAGCAUGGAGCAGGCUCUUCGCACCAUGAGCCUCGGAGACUUCUGCCUCCUGAACAGCAUUGGCAUAAACCUCGACACGGUGCAUUUCAGGAUAAUAAUGGAAGGUGUGGCGAUAGCUUCCGAAGAGGUCUUCUCUCCCAGCGCCCCCAUGUCCAGAACCUACAGGCCUUUUUCCAACGAGGAUACCAUGCCAAGGAGACGAACCCUGUAUCCCACUUUGAGUUAGGAAGGUUACGUUUAGGUAGAAGGGUCAGUUAGAAGGGUGUAGAAGAUGCGUGAUGUCUGCUUUUUCUUUUUUUCUUUUCUUUUCCUUCUUUCCUCUCUCUCUCUCUCUCUCUCUCUCUCUCUCUCUCUCUCUCUCUCUCUCUCUCUCUCUCUCUCUCUCUCUCUCUCUCUCUCUCUCUCUCUCUCUUGUGUGUGUGUGUGUGUGUGUAUGUGUGUGUGUGUGCGUGUGUGUGUGUGUGAGUGUGUGUGUGUGUGUGUUUGUGUGUAUACCCACGUACUUGUAGUGGACAUGAUUUAAAGCCAAACAAGUCUCCAUGUGCACUGUUAUCCAGCUUCGGUACUUUUGGGAAGGCGAUAGGAGGGUCUGAGGGGCGAAGGUAACUGCUGAUAGUGGGUGAUAUCUUGAUAACUGAGGGAACGAAACCACUGUAUAUGCGUCCCUUUCGGAAUUGAGUGUUGGCCAACGGAGUAUUACAUCAUGUUUUUUUUGUUUUUUUUUGCUUUCUUGAAUAAACUUGAACAAUGCAA